UCGACACUGAGAGCAGUCGCAUUCUUCUACCUUUGACAAACACGGUCCCGUAUUUUCAUCACAUUUGAAACAGUGACGAUUUGCAUACAGGGAUGAGCUGGUUUUAUUUUUUUCAAAACUAUUAUUGAGCUAGAGAGGAAUCGGAAACGGCUGUUUUCUAAUCAUGGAACAAAGAGGAUGCGAGGCGAGAGGACGGUGGAUCGGCUGCGUGGUUGCUGUGCUUUUGUGGAGUUUGGCAUCCGCGCAAUUAAGGUACUCAAUUUCCGAGGAAGUCGACGAAGGAACAGUGGUUGGGAAUAUCGCAAAGGAUCUCGGAUUAGAUAAAAACGCAUUGAAAGACAGGAAGUAUCGAAUUGUAUCCAGCAAUGCGGAUCCUCUUUUUCAUGUAAAUCAGAACGAUGGCGUCCUGUACGUGAGCCGAAAGAUAGACAGGGAAGAUGUGUGCGAGCGGACCAGCACGUGUAUGAUAAAUCUUAAAACGGUGCUAGAAAACCCACUAGAGGUACACUAUGUGGGAGUGGAGGUGUUGGAUAUCAACGACCAUUAUCCUAGUUUUCCAGAGAAAGACAAAGCGUUGGAGAUUUCAGAGUCUGUGCUGCCUGGAGUGCGUAUUCCACUGAAAGCAUCAAGGGAUCCAGACGGUGGCGCUUUUUCAAUUCAGCAGUAUAAACUAAGCCAAAACGAGCACUUUCGUUUAGAAGUUAAAGACAAAGGCGAAGAUGGUAAAAUACCUGUUUUAAUCGUGCAAAAAUCUUUGGAUAGAGAGACUGCGGGGAGUCACUCGUUAGUUCUGACCGCACUGGAUGGAGGGAAGCCUCCGAAAUCUGGUGAAAUGAAUAUACUUGUAAAGGUUUUAGAUGUGAAUGAUAACACACCCGUUUUCUCUCAGGAUGUUUACUCCGUGAUUCUAGAUGAAAACGUUCCGAUAGACACGACAGUCAUACAAGUAAAUGCAACUGAUUUAGAUGAAGGAACAAACGGAGAAGUCGUGUAUUCGUUCAGCAACAGUGUCAGUCACAGAUUAUUUAAACUUUUUGAUAUCAAUCCAUCAACAGGUGAAAUAACUGUAAAAGGUUUAAUAGACUAUGAAGAAAAAGAUAAAUAUGAAAUUGAAAUACAAGCAUCAGAUAAAGGCACCGCUCCUCUCUCCACACAGAAAAGUGUCAUCAUCAAGAUAGUUGACGUGAACGAUAACGCACCUGAGAUUGAGGUCACCUCAUUUUCAAGCUCUAUUCCUGAAGACUCAAGACCUGGAACUACAGUUGCUCUUAUCAGUGUCAAUGACUUGGACUCUGGUUUGAAUGGAAAAGUUAUUUGCUCUAUAGGUGAGGAUGUUCCAUUUGCUUUAUCACCAUCCCUACAAGAUAAAAUGUUUUCAUUAGUUACCAAAUCUCCUCUGGACAGAGAGAAACAGUCUCUAUAUGAUGUAACAAUAACUGCAAAGGAUGCUGGUCAGCCGUCACUGUCGUCUGAAAAGAAAAUUACUGUCCUUGUGUCGGAUGUGAAUGACAACAAUCCAAAGUUUGCACUGAACCCUUAUACUUUUUACAUCACUGAAGCUAAUGUGCCAGGUGUAUCUGUGUUUUCAGUUAAAGCUUUUGAUGUGGAUGAGAAUGAGAAUGGACACAUUUCCUAUCAUAUUCUCAGAGAUGGAAGUGGGGACAAUAAAGUGACUUCAUUUCUCAACAUAAACUCGGAGAAUGGAGACAUUCUGGCGCUCAAAAGUUUUGACUUUGAAACACUGAAAACGUUCCAGUUCCACGUUGUUGCGUCAGAUUCUGGAACUCCGUCACUGAGCAGCAACGUCACUGUGAACGUGUUCAUUCUGGAUCAGAACGACAACGCUCCAGUCAUCCUGUAUCCAGUCAGCUCCAACGGUUCUGCUGAAGGCGUGGAGGAGAUUCCCCGCAAUGUAAACGCAGGAUACGUGGUGACUAAAGUCAGAGCCUACGACGCUGAUAUAGGAUAUAACGGCUGGUUACUGUUUUCUCUGCAGGAAGUUACUGAGCACAGUCUGUUUACUUUGGACCGCUAUACAGGACAGAUCAAAACACUACGUCCAUUCACAGAGACAGACGAGGCUGAGCAUAAACUGGUCAUACUGGUCAAAGACAAUGGGAACGUUUCACUCUCAGCAACAGCUACUGUCAUUGUCAAAGUUGUGGAGCCCAAAGAAGCUUUUGCAGCUUCUGAUGUUAAAAGUUCAACAAAAGCAGACGAGGACACUAAUGUGACUUUCUACCUGAUGAUAACUCUGGGCUCAGUUUCAGCUCUUUUUCUCAUCAGUAUCAUUGUGUUGAUUGCAAUGCAGUGUUCAAAGACCACAGACUAUACUUCUAAAUAUCUACAAGAGGCUAAUUAUGAUGGAACACUGUGCCACAGCAUCCAGUACAGAUCUGGAGAAAAACGAUACAUGUUAGUUGGACCAAGGAUGAGUAUAGGAUCUACUAUAGUCCCAGGAAGUCAUGCGAAUACACUUGUGCUGCCUGACAGGAGGAGAACAUGUGACGAGGUAAGACAUUAA